UGGGGAGGAUCGAAAAGAGUGAAUCAUAUUGGAUUAAUUGGAAUAAUAAAAACAUAUUAAUCAAAUUCUACUAGUUUGAAUUGAACGUAUUCCGUUAUUAUGCAAGAGCCAAUGCUUAAAUGUUUGCAUGAGAAUCAUUACUUCAAAUAAAUAAUUGGUGUUUGUGUUAAUUCAAAUUGCCAAAAAAUCAGACCAUAUUGUCAAACAUCUCCAUGAUCUUCAAGAUUUUACAGACUUUUACGAUUAUGUGCAAGAAGGCUUGAAUACCUACAAUAAAAUGCAAAACCUAGCAGAGGAAUUACAAUCCAUAGCCAAACUGAUUACCAUCAUUAUAAAUUAAUUAACUUUCAACCCAAAGAUCAAUCUUAAAGAUAUGUCCAUAAUCGCAAUUAACAAUCUGAUAAAUAAAAUCAUAAAGGUGAAGGAAGUGGAGAAAACCCUCAAAAACAAUUUAGAAUUGGCAGUGAUACCACUGCAAAAAAUCAAAUAGGACUUUAAGGAAUUAUUACAGAAAAAUAGUGAGCAAUAAUUGAUCAGAGAGGAGGAGCCUCUGAAGAAGACUGCAGUGAAGUCUAAGAAGCAGAAGAAGGCAGGGAAGGAAUCCUCAAAAGGGUUAUAAGUGGUUUAAAAUUAAAAAUAGACAAAAUUGGAGGAAUUUAAACAUCAAGUUGUUUGUAUUAAACCUAGUAAAUUGAAGGAUGAAAAGAAGUAAUAAUAACAAUAAUAGAUUAUCCACAAUCAAGGGAAAUAUCAAUUCUCAAAUAUUUACAAAAAUAGAGCUAUUAAUGUCAUUUAGCCAGAGAAUUCAGCUGAGGGUUUUGGAUUUUGUGUAUGUGAUUAGGCAAUUUCUAAAAGUGGAACCACUAUCAUCGCAUUUCGAAUAGUAAAGUGCGAUUGGAGAAUUCACAUCGGAGUGUGUUAUAGGGACAUGCUGAUCGAAUCAAAAUAUGAUCCCAAUUUGGCAAAUGUUGGUCAUGGCACUUAUCUGAUCAAUAAUUAGGGAGAUGUCUUCUCAACGAUCGAGACUGAAAUGAAUGACAAAUCGCUAUCAUUUAAGUUUUACAAUAAAAACAUCAUUACAAUAGAGAUUGAUUUUGUAUAGUCGCAAAUAACUUGGAUCAAAAAACAACCCAAGGAAACCUUUACUCUUAAAUUUGACACUCAGAAGGAACUCUACCCGUGUGUCAAACUCUGGGGCUCUUCCAAAGUAGAAUUACUCAAUCCAAUAAUUCUGCAAUGAAUAAUAUUAAAUU